CAUAAUAAUAUUCUUUUGAAGUGCCUUCCAAAAACCAAAAUGAGGAUAAAUUAAAGAAAUCGCGAUCGGAGUUACGAUUUAGCGACGAGAUUUCUUUGGCCACUCGCCCCAGGUUUUACCUUCCAGAAGCGCGCCACCUCAUACGUCCGUUGUUGCAGUCCCUGUCCCAGGUUCUGAACAGUCUCAAGGUUUCGUCUUGCACGACAAUGGCUGUUUUGGAUUCACACACGUCCUUCCGCCGCCCGCCCAGCCAGCACGUCUUAUAAAUUUCUCUUUCUCCUCUUCCAUUCUCUGUAUCACAUCACAUCAAUUUCAAAUUCUCUCUGCUCUUGCAUCAUCCACACUUCAUCGCUUCCAUUUUUUAUCACUUCCUCAAUUCGGGAACACGGAAAAGAAGACACUUUUUUGAUUCUUAGUCGUUGCUGAGAAGUUGGUUUCUGUGUUUGUGACCUGUGAAGCCAUGCCGACUCCGAAAUUAGAGCGGAUUCCGAGCAUGAGGGAGAGGGUGGAGGACACCCUCACUGCUCACCGUAACGAACUCGUUGCUCUUCUCUCCAGGUAUGUGGCUCAGGGAAAAGGGAUUCUGCAACCGCAUCACUUGAUCGACGAGUUUGAGAAGAUCUUCGUUGACGACAUAGCGAAGCAGAGGCUGAAUGAUGGCCCAUUCAGCGAAAUCCUGAAAUCCGCGCAGGAAGCCAUAGUUUUGCCUCCCUUUGUGGCAAUAGCAGUUCGGCCUAGGCCUGGGGUUUGGGAAUAUGUCCGUGUUAAUGUCUAUGAACUUAGCGUGGAGCAAUUGAGUGUUUCUGAAUAUCUCCGUUUCAAAGAAGAGCUUGUAGAUGGGCAGACUAAUGAUCCUUUUGUGCUUGAGCUGGAUUUUGAGCCUUUCAAUGCUUCAUUUCCUCGCCCAAACCGGUCUUCAUCUAUUGGCAAUGGUGUUCAAUUCCUCAAUCGUCAUCUCUCUUCAAUUAUGUUCCGUAACAAAGAUUGUUUGGAGCCAUUACUUGACUUCCUUCGAGCGCAUAAGCAUAAAGGGCAUGUUAUGAUGUUGAAUGAUCGGAUACAGAGCAUAUCAAGACUUCAGUCUGCUCUGGCUAAGGCAGAGGAUUAUCUUUCUAAACUUCCGCCAGACACACCCUAUUCUGAGUUUGAAUAUGCAUUCCAAGGAAUGGGCUUUGAGAGAGGUUGGGGUGAUACUGCGCAACGGGCAUCGGAGAUGAUACAUCUUCUGUUGGACAUUCUUCAGGCUCCUGACCCGUCAACCUUGGAGACAUUCCUUGGUAGAAUUCCAAUGGUAUUCAAUGUAGUCAUAUUGUCUCCUCACGGAUACUUUGGGCAAGCAAAUGUUUUAGGUUUGCCUGACACUGGUGGGCAGGUUGUUUAUAUACUGGAUCAAGUGCGUGCCUUGGAAAACGAAAUGCUUGUUAGAAUACAAAAGCAAGGCCUGAAUGUCACUCCCAAAAUUCUUAUUGUGACCCGGUUAAUUCCUGAUGCAAAAGGAACUACAUGCAAUCAGCGGCUGGAAAGAGUUAGUGGAACAGGACAUACACACAUUUUGCGAGUUCCUUUCAGAACCGAGAAGGGGAUUCUCCGUAAAUGGAUUUCAAGGUUUGAUGUAUGGCCUUAUCUUGAGACAUUUGCAGAGGAUGCAGCUAGUGAAAUUGCUGCAGAGUUGCAGGGUAUUCCAGAUUUUAUUAUUGGCAACUAUAGCGAUGGAAAUCUUGUUGCAUCUUUAUUGGCGUAUAAGAUGGGCGUCACACAGUGCACCAUUGCGCAUGCUUUGGAGAAAACGAAGUAUCCAGAUUCAGAUAUAUAUUGGAAAAAAUUCGAGGAGAAAUACCACUUUUCAUGUCAAUUUACUGCUGACAUUGUGGCCAUGAAUAAUGCAGAUUUUAUUAUCACCAGCACAUAUCAAGAAAUUGCAGGAACGAAGAAUACCGUUGGUCAGUAUGAGAGCCACACAGCUUUCACCCUUCCAGGGCUGUACCGAGUUGUUCAUGGCAUUGAUGUUUUUGAUCCAAAGUUCAACAUUGUCUCUCCUGGGGCAGAUAUGGCAAUUUACUUUCCUUACUCUGAUAAGCAAAACAGACUCUCGGCCCUACAUGAUUCAAUUGAAAAGCUCUUAUAUGAUCCCGAACAGAAUGAGGAGCACAUUGGCAUUUUAAGUGAUCGGGCAAAGCCCAUAAUCUUUUCCAUGGCAAGGCUUGACCAUGUGAAAAACAUAACAGGUUUGGUUGAGUUUUAUGGUAAUAAUACCCAGUUGAGGGAACUGGUAAACCUUGUUGUGAUAGCUGGUUACAAUGAUGUGAAGAAGUCUAAUGACAGAGAGGAGAUCGAAGAAAUUCAGAAGAUGCAUGACCUCGUGAAGAAGUAUGAUUUGAAUGGUCAGUUUCGAUGGAUAUCGGCUCAAAUGAACCGAGCACGAAAUGGUGAGCUUUACCGCUACAUUGCUGACACUAGAGGUGCUUUUGUGCAGCCUGCCUUUUAUGAAGCUUUUGGGCUUACAGUCGUAGAGGCUAUGACUUGUGGCCUUCCAACAUUUGCCACUUGCCAUGGUGGUCCUGCAGAAAUUAUUGAAGAUGGUGUAUCAGGCUUCCACAUUGAUCCAUAUCAUCCUGAUCAAGCUGCUGAACGUUUGGCAGACUUCUUUCUGAAGUGCAAGGAGAACCCGGGAUACUGGAAUAAGAUAUCUGAGGGAGGGCUUCGAAGGAUCAAUGAAAGGUAUACCUGGAAAAUCUACUCGGAGAGGCUAAUGACGCUGGCAGGUGUUUAUACAUUCUGGAAGUAUGUUUCCAAACUUGAGAGGCGUGAGACCCGACGAUAUCUUGAGAUGUUCUACAUUCUCAAGUUGCGCGAUUUGGUGAAAUCCGUUCCUCGGGCAAUAGACAAUCCACAUAACCCCGAGUAACCCGGGGCAUGGCAAAUGUAUCUGGUCAAGCAUGGUAAUGUUUAAUUUGAAUAAAGUUGAUGUUUGUGUAUAGGAGGAAUAUAGAACUGGCAGGGAAGGAAAAGAGAGAGAGAGAGAAAGAGAGAGAGAGAGAGAGAGAGAGAGAGAGAGAGAGAGAGAGAGAGAUGACCACACUAAAGGUUGUAUGGGCUACAAUUGUACUAUUUCUGUAUUGGAAAUUAUAUCCUGUUCCUAAAUUUUUCUUUAGUGAAAAAAUGCAAUUUUUUAGCUGUAAA